AUGAUGGUGCUGGUGCUGGUUGUGGUGGUCUUCCUCAUGGUGUUGGUGGUGGUCGUGGUGCUGGUGGUGGUCAUGAUGGCGCUGGUGGAGGUGGUGUUUAUUCUGGUUGAGGUGGUGCUAGUUGUGGUCAUAAUGCUGUUGCUGGUCAUGAUGGUGCUGUCGGUGGUUGUGCUGGUUGAUGGUCUGAUGGUGGUGGUGAUGGAAGUGUUCAACCAUCCGACAGGAAGAGAUGACGAUGAUUAUGAUUACGGUUGUGGUAAUGAUGGUGGUGCUGGUGAUGAUGAUGAUGGUGUGUUGGUUGUGGCUGUGGUGUUGAUGAUCAUGAUGAUGGUAUUGCUUGAUGGUGCGUGUGGUGAUGAUGAUGGUGUUGUUGCUGGUUGUGAUCGUGAUGAUUGUGAUUCUGGUGGAGGUGGUGCUGGUGGUGGUGGUCAUGGUGCUGUUGCUGGUCAUGAUGGUGCUGUUGAUGGUUGUGCUGGUGGAUGUUCUGAUGGUGGUGGUGCUGGUGAUGAUGACGGGAGUGCUGGGGCUUCAAUGGCAGUCUUGUCUGCACCGGAUGCUGAGGACAACAUUAUCAACAAAGAUAUUGACUAUUUUAUAGGAAGUGUUCAACCAUCCAACAGGAAGGGAUUAUGA